AAACCUUCCUAUCGGAAAAGUCUGUAGUCUGAGCGGUGAAAAUCGGAGAAUAUGAACCCAGGGACCAAGGACAGCGACUCCAGAAUAGACAUUCUGAUGAAGCUUCACGCCCAAAACGUCUAUGAAUUUAAACGACACGCCGUUGAACAGGAGUUGCUGAAGCAAGAUCACUACCGCUCCAUGUUUCAUAUCAAGAAGGGGAUAAGAACUGUUGAAAUGACGUUAAGGGAUAUAAAAAUAAUUAGUGGGUAUUGUCACCAAACGGAAACUCUCAAGGAGAAACCAAAAGAUGCCUUUCCAAAUCUGAGCCUCGGAAAUAGUUUGAGAGAUUUCCGCAAAGGUAACCAGGAAGAAAUUCAUUCGAUUCUGAACUUGAAUGGUAAGUGUACCACCUCACUACCGAAGAUUCGUCUGGACCACACCAAAGGAAAUGCAAAAGGUGAGCAGAAAAUCGCAUCUUCUUUGGGGGGGCCUUUUCGUGCCACGGCAUUCAGCGCAGGACUGAUAUGUGGUUUCCCUUCAGAAAGUGGAGUAAUCGAUGUAUCUAUCUCCCCUUUGUUGCAUUGUAACAAAAUCCGUUCCAAAUCAGGCAUUACAGUAAUCGACGACCAUAGGACUGGGAUCAACGGAAAUGGGCCGCUAUCUCCGUUCUCGGAGUCGCGCGGCUCAGCCUUUGGUACCAAGGACAACACCCGCACCCGCGUCACAACAGCCAUGUCCAAGACUGCCAUAAAGGAAGGCCUGAGAGAGUUGGUCCUGGAGUACAAAAGACAAAGGACUCUGAGGUAUAUUGAAAAACAAAAAGUAUUAUCAGAAAAAGUGUCUGCUUUUAUUAACGGACUCUAGCAGAAGAAGAUGAAUGGAUACUCGGCGGAAUGUAUUAAUGAUUUAUGAAUGGAUAGUUAGCAGGAGAAGAUGAAUGGAUACUCAGCGGAAUUUAUUAAUGAUUUAUGAAUGGAUAGUUAGCAGGAGAAGAUGAAUGGAUACUCGGCGGAAUUUAUUAAUGAUUUAUGAAUGGAUAGUUAGCAGGAGAAGAUGAAUGGAUACUCGGCAGAAUUGAUUAAUGAUUUAUGAAUGGAUAGUUAGCAGGAGAAGAACACGGGCGGUUCUUCGUGGAUAGAUUUUACGCAUGGGCUAGAAGGUGUCCAUUACCAUUUAGGUUAAGACAUGAACGCCAGUGUUUUUAGCUUCACUAUAGCAGGAUAUUAUUCAACAAGAUAGGUGCUUUUAAUAUUUUACAACAGACUAUAAAGUCAAAAUUAUUCAAGGAAACAAGCACUGAGUGGCCAAGUGCGAACAAUAGAGUGUUCUGCAGCGUUCUGCGUAAUGACCCCCGUUCAUGUACGUAACAAUGCUCAGGAAUGGAUCGAUUCUAAAAAUGUUGAACAGCAAAGUUUGUACUUGAGGGGAAGGGGAGUGUCCGACCACAACGAUGUCGGAUAGCGACGAAGACCACACCGAAGGCGAGGAUAACGUUUUUCUCAACCUGGUCGCGCGUGUCAUCCGGAAACCCCUCUACCGGUUUCCAGGACAGUGGGGUCACGAGACCUACGAGCCACGGAUCUACAGAAGUCUGGGUACCAUCCUACGGAACGCGACCUCGGAAGAAUUCGAUGCUUUUAUAAUGGACUUUAUUGAUUUUGCGCGGACGGCUCAUGCGCGCCUGGACAUGCAGUUCUACAUGGAGUUCAUUAACGUGUGCACCAAUACCAUCCUGCACUGGGUGUUUGCGCGCAGGCGCAGCGCCGACAUAGUCCGGAAGCUGAUGGAGAGGACGUCGGUGUUUCUGCAGGACCAGACUAACAACCUGGCCAUAGCAUGGAGGUGUUUCACACCCAUCUACAGCCCCAGCCCCAUGGGCGGGGUGACCCCACUGAUGUUCGUGGCCCAGAACAGGCAGUGUGAAGUGCUGAAGGUGUUGCUGCAGUAUGGGAUGCUGGAGAAGGAGAGGAGACCCACCUACAUCAUCAUCUCUGUCCUGUUUAACCCACCGAGACUGGAGGCGCUGGAUGAACGCUGUCACGCCACCAUCACCAGGGAACUCAGGGACUGUAUGGCUCUCUGCUUCAGGGUGCUCAGCCAUGUAUCCAUGUCUGAUAUAGAGAUGCAGAUUGUGUACGGUCGUAAGCCCCUGAUUGAAGACUGGCGAGACCACAUCCCCCCAAGUCGCUACAAGGACCCCUGUGAACUGACCCACCUCUGUCGUAUGGUGGUUCGGACCUCUCUGCUGGCCAGGGGCCGCUUACCGGACGGCAUCAAGUCGCUACCACUCCCUACACUCCUCCAAGGCUACCUCAACCUGGAGAGCUGAGCUGGCUUAUGGGGCAUCGAGUUUUACCUGGUCUUGGUGAGGUCAUGUGGUCUGGGAAAAACUCCUGGCUCCGCUAUUAAAACAACCAGGAGGAUGGAGUUUCUCUGUCUGUUAAUAAAGUGGAGAUCAAAUCAAAGCAGAUCUAAUCAAAUCAAAGUGUGUUUUAUGAGUCCCUUUCAACAUCAGUCACAAAGUGCUUUACAGUCAGUUUACCUCACUUAAACCAUGAAGAGCAGAAGCAGAAAAAACUGUCUAGAAAGAAGAAGAAACCUGUAGGGAGAAACGCCUGAGGAACCCAUCCUCUAUUGGCUGGACUGGUUAUGUGGCCAUUACAAGUUCCUGGGUGUCCACAUCACCAGGAAACUAUCAUGGUCCAAACACACCAACACAGUCUGUGUGUGUGUCUGUGUGUGUGU